UUUUAAAAAAAAAAAAAUAAUAAUCUCUCUCCCUCUCUCUAAAGAUAAAUAAGCUAAAAAUGAAAAAUGCUGAGCUAUCUCUGGAGGUUGACAAUACCAAACUAACUGCAGACAACUUCAAAUCAAAGUAUAAAACAGAACUCUCAUUGCUUCAGUUUAUAACUGCUGACAUAAAGGAAGUGAAGACAACUGGCAGUCAUCUACAGAUGGAAACAGAUUGCCUAAAGGUGGAGCUACAGAUGUUAAAUGAAGAGUUAAGUUGCCUCAAGAAGGAUCACCAGGAGGAUAUAGUGAAACUCCAAGAGGACCAAUCUAAAUGUCAAGUGAAAGUGGAAGUGAACAGUCAACCAGCAAAUGACCUCACCAAAGCACUGGAGGAGAUGAGAGAGCAUUACAAAGUGAUUGUUUGGAGUUCUAACAAGAAAACAGAACCUUGGCUUGUUUCUAAGUUCAGACAAUGCAAUUAUCAAAAUACAAUGGCCCUCGAACCCCUGCAAACCCAGAAGAGGGAAGUGACUCUACUGAGAAGGACCACACAGAACCUGGAAGCUGAGUUGGAAAACUUACAUAACCUGAAAGCUUCUCGAAUGGCAACUCUCACUGAGACCGAGCAAAACUAUGCAGCUCAGCUACAGAGAAUGCAAAACAUCAUUUCAAGGAGAGAAGAUGAGCUUGCAAAGACUAGAGCAGAAUUUAAGCAAAUGUCGGCUGAUGGUGGGAUAUUGCAUUACCUCAAGGACCUUCUGGAGAUGGAAAUAAAGACAUACGGGCAGCUCAUGGAUGCGGAAGAGAUCAGGAUGGACACCUCUAAUGGACCUCUAAGAACUUCAACAUCAAAACAAAGUGAGUUUAUUGCUGUUACAGAUUUGUAUAUUUCCACAUUAGGAAGAAGGUCUCAGCUAAGGUUGAAACAAUACACAUACAGUAGCCUAUGCAGUUGCAUUGGGGCCUAGAAGCCAGUGUCUAAUCCUGCAGUUGAGUAAAACCAACCAGAGGCCGGUUUGUAAUUAAAUAUUUUAGCUGGAAAAUGAAGGAACACGUAUUUAAAGGUAAUUCCAGAUUUGUCCUCUCCUACAUUCAGUAAUAUCAUUGAUCAUUGAAGUCCUUUUGUUGGAAUACCAUCUUGUAAACUCUACACAAACUAUUUGUGUCUGAUCUUCCGGCCGACAUUACAGUUGCAUCACUGAGAUUUCCAGUGUACAUGUUUUUGAUUUCAGAGGCCAUGUCUAUCACAUGCAAAUCACUGUUCAUCUCAUAGACGUUAUGGAAAGUGCAAUGUGGGACUGGGUUACGCUUCGGAAAUGAAGAUGUAAAGUACAAUGCUGUACGGCAGUGCUGUCCAACUGCUACAAUGGACACAAACUUGUGUACCUAUCAACAAUGAAAGGUACUUGCGCCCAUACACUUGGCUCCUUGCUGAAAAAAGUGCACUUAGUGCCUUGCACUGCGUUGGUAAAUAAGCCUUGAGAUCAGUUGACUGUUGUUUAAGUUUAAGCUCAAUUUCUAUCCCUGUUUUUUAUGUAUAAGUUUAAUAUAUUUUAUGUAAUUUUGUA